CAGACCUCCGAGGAGAGACUAUAAAAACCUGAAAGUCAACACCAGGAACAAGCAAAGAGAGGGAAAACUUGAACUUACAAAUUUCAGGCACUUUUCAACAACGACUACAGAAAGAUGCUGGGUUGCAGGUGGGUCCUUGUGCACUGUCUGCUAGCGGCUACACUUCUUCACUGGAUCUCAGGCAGGUCACAGCUGGCGGAGGGGGCACCGGAGUUUAUGGAUUCCUCGAUGGUCCGGGACACGGGCUCCAGCUCCAUGUCUGGUGAGGAGAAGGUAGCGAGUGACCUGACCGCCAAGCUGCUUCUCCUGGACAAGCUUGUGAGCCUGGGGAACGAUGUCAUGGAGACCAAGCGGAAGAGGAGCUUCCCUGGCUUCGGCACACCGCUGGACAGGCUGUCCCUGAGCACCAUGGAAAUGAAGGGCAAACAAAGAAAAGUAGUUGACCUUCCCAAAAGACGCUUUGGUGUGCCGAUAGACCGGCUCGGAAUGAACCGCAUGGCCAACGGCAGGGGCUAACACUGAGAGGUGGGAUGUCCCUGAAAUAAAGCUGCAUGGACGGACCGUCUUGUCUUUUUCUUUGAUUAUCUACUGACUUGUCUAUGUGUAUCACCCCUAACCCACUGCCGCUCCAGACGUGACGUAGCAUGCAUGCGGGUCCUUUCAAUGCUGCUCUGGUCGCCUUGUCUCACCUUAGACAGUAACCAGUUUAGCAGUAGGAGGGCCAGCCACUUGAUGCCCACUUCUGGAUCAGCAUGCUGUACAUAUGAUUAUCACACUGCACUGUCCAGCCUAUCACCACACUUGCAUGAACACGUACGAACCCCCCCCCCCCCCCCCCCCUUUGAUAUUUUUAAACUCUGGCUCUGGCGGAAAAAAAAAAAAAAAAAAAAACACAUUAUCAGCAAAAAUAAAAAAUGAAAUGAUACCCACGUCAUCACAUGGAAUAUGACACAGACCUGCUGGAAACGCUAUCAGCUGCACCACAAUACGCUGCUCGAUGCGAGGAAGGGCUCGCUAAGGAAGGUAACGUCUUGGGUUUGCAAGUGUAACGCACGCUGACGGGACUGACCCCUGUUCUGCAGGCUCCUCCUGCACAGCGUGCUUUAGCACUGGACUCGUAUAGAACUAGGCAAGCCUGAGUCUUGGAUUAUUCAAAUUUUCUUUUUGCUUUUCAUUUAAAAACUAAAAGCAAGCUUUGAAUAACCUUCCACUGGAACCUUGUUUAUAUUGAUUAAAUGAUAUGAAGUGAAGGUGAAUACGUGCACUAUGUGCUUUAACAACCUUCAUUGGAAUAUUUAUUUUGAAUGAAAGUGUAGUGUUUCGCUGGUUUGUAUUCAAUCAGAACACGCAGUGUUACCGUAUUCCCUUUCUAUUGAAGAUUAUUCCAUCAAUCUUUUCAAAGGCACGGUAUACAGUAGGUGGGUUUUAGAUAAAAAGGCUUCACAAUGUAUUUUGAUUAAUUGAAUAGCGCCAUGGAUAGAACUGAGAUCAUAAAGCACUGCUGUAUGUUUCGAUUGAAUCCAAUGAGUAUGAUCAUCCCUUUCCUUGACUUUGCAGCACAGUGCCCAGCAUUUGAAUGUAAAACACAGUUAAAUAUUAAGUACUGAGCCCAGCACCUUUUUCCAGCUCUUUUAAAAGCCAGGUCUUGAAAAACAAUGCCAUAUUGAUGGUGGCUUUUGUACCAUGUUUUUUCUUUAAUAACUAUUAAAUGUACAGAUGGUCAUUUCAUUGGGGGGAUGGAAAGCACCAUGAAAUACAGAAUUAUCCAUCAAAAUAAAUAAAGUGCGUAAUUGUUGGCGA